UUCUCCAGCGACCGGGAAGACUCUGCUUCGAACAGCUCGCCGGCCACCCCCCUCGCCCGCAGCGUUGAUAGGCGUCAAGAUCGGCCUCUCAUCUAGGACAAACAUGUCGGAUGCAGCUAGUUGCGGAGGGGACCCGUGUGGUGAGAACCUACAGAUCCCUCCAGACUUACUAAGUGAUGAUUCAGCAGAGAGUGCUCUUCCAGAGUCAUGUCCAGCAGCAACAUCUCGUAUAUCUGUCAAGCACGUGGUUGAGGUUAUCCGGUCAUUCAACGAGUACAAAUGGUUUCUUGUUACAAGUAUUGGUUUUGGUGGCAUGCUCGACCUCCAGAUGCUUCAGACAUUGAACCUAAAAUUCAGCGCUUGGACAAUGAGCAAGGUUAGCACUAGCCGCCGUGCACUUGUCCUGGCUGCUAACAAGGUACUGAAAUUCUGGCCAGAGGAUGUUCACAAGGUUUUUGGGAUCCCAUGCGGGCAUCGCAACAUAAAGGGCUGUGAUGGUCACAUCAAGCCGGAGGCGGUUCAGUUCAUAAAGACCGCAUUGGGAAUGGACAAGAAGGGGCUUCAUAGCCUGCGUGCAGUGGAAGAUUUCCUCAGGAGGGACAUUUCUGAAUCAUCAAGCAAGCUAGAGAAGGACUGCUUCCAAAUUGCCUUUGUUAUUUUUGUGAUGGGCCAUGUUCUAGCACCGACCACAAAGCAUGAUUACGCCACUAUCGAUUUCUGGGGGGCUCUAGCUGACACUGAGACGAUAUCCCAGUUCAAUUGGUGUGAGUAUGUGAUUCAAGCUAUGCUAGCUGGGGUUAAGAGGCUGAAGAAUGACAUCCGUUCAGGCAACCCCGUCAGUAACUUAGUAGCAUGCCAUUUUUUCCUGCAGAUUUUCGUUCUGGACAACCUCGAUCUGGGAAUCUUCAACAAGCAUCAUUCUGUUCUGCCCAGGGUCAAGGAGUUUGAUCAGAAGUCAGUCCGCAAUAUGAUAACACAGGCUACUGAUGUUGGCAACGGAACCACGUCCUAUGCCAGCGCUAUGCUACGCGACCACUCAACUGUGUGUUACGAGCGAUCAAAGUAUCCUGUCCUCGAGCUGUCAGAGUCCAGAAAUACUGUUUUUUCUCCGAUGCAGCCAAGCUUGUCUUGUGGUGCUACCGCUAGCGCGACAUCUGCGAGGGACGCACCUACCUCAGCCCAAAAACAUAAUCUCAUUACAGAAAUGACGCCGACUACUAUACAACUACUAGGGCCCAUGGAUUUCUCAAACUACCUAUGUAGGCAGUACCCGCAUCUGGCCAACGAUGAAACCACUGUUCUUCUGAAGGAAGUCAAUGCUCGCUGCAUAUCGCACCUAACAACUGCACGUGGCCACAUCCAGCUCGAGAUGAUGAAGUUUGCCGACAAGCUUUAUGCUGCCCGCCCCCGCACCUGCACAUGUUGUGCAGCGCGUGACUAUGACGAGUGCCCACCCAGAGCUCCCACUGCUCCCAAUGUUAAUGUGAUGAGAACGCCAGCUAGAAAUGUCAUUCAGGGCCACCGACUCAACCUAUCUCCAUGUGAAGGCAAUACUUCCACGAGCAAGCGGGUAAAAAUUGCACACUCAUCCUACCCAAGUGAGGACAAUCGGUUGGGCUCUGCUCUUUGCCAAUUUCUACAAACGGUGACCCAGUUUUUCAAGCAAAACAUGCAAGCGAUCAGUGAACUAUACAUCGAUCUUCCAAAUGAUGGCAGCACAACUGUGUUUGGUGAGAGGUGUGCUGAUCUUCCCAGCCGAAAAUAUGUAUCUCGCCCCGGCUUCCAAACUGAUCCGUGGGUCAGGGGAGUGGUACCUUGUCCUCCACAAGCUGGUGUUGCUGAGCUAAUUGAGCAGUACCUCAUUUCUGCUCCCGACAACGAGCUAGCUGGGAACUUUCUUGUUCACGAGGACCCUAGAUUCAUUCGGAUAUCUGGUUUUGUUCUACGUGACCAGCUUGUUGGCAAUAACAUUAUAGGCCAUGAAUUGAUGUCAAUCUUGUUUAGGCGUUUCGCUCAACUUGAUGCGUACGCUGAAAUUGAAAGUCCUUACCUAAGCUGGAGGCACCCCAUUGAACGGGAUUUUCCAACAGUAGUGUUGUCUGACUGCGAUUUUCUGCACACCGUGUCAAUCCAGAGGCAGUUAGCCUCUGAUUAUCUCAAGUAUGACAUAACUUCGUCAAAAAUGUUCAUCACACCGGUGCCACGCCCCGAAGGGUGGUUGGUUGUUAUCUGGGACAUGCAAAUGAAAGUUAUCAAUUUGCUCGACCCGCUCUAUCACAAUGCUCUGGAAAGUCCCCCUGGAAGGACCGUGAUGAAGCAAUGGCAUGGAAACUGCACAAUGCACUGUUCGCAUGCCUCCAUGAAUUCUAUGCUGGAUGGCCGGCAGUGAAGGAGAAUUGGCGUAUGACGCAUGAGCCUACAACGGACGUCAUUUUCAAUGCUGGUGAAUCAGGAGCGUGUGCCGUACACAUCUAUCGUCAGUUCGACGGUGACAAGCUCAAAAUCCCACUUACGAAGCAAAACGUUUUCAAAACCAAGAGGGACUGCCUGCACGAGUGCUUGAAGAUCCAGGUAGGCAUAAAGCACACUCCAACCGUCCUCAGGUAUGUACCAGUCUGCGAAGUGACCACGAAGGACCCUCCGGAGCCUGCGCAGGACGAGGUGUGCAAUGACCUCAUGUUUGACACGCAUCUCAUCAUCGUGGAUGCUUGUUUCAACUGGAUCCAUGACAACAAGUGUUCUUUCUUCAAUGUCCACAACAUAGAAGGAAAAUCCCCCCAUCAUCGGUACAGGAAGAAACAGCUGCACAAUAGAAAGUGAAGCAAAAAUCAGCAAGGCAAGUCAUUCAUUUUUUCUGCAUGCAUUUUGUAAGAAACUUAUAUGUGGUUCGACAUUUUAUUUUCUGUACCUUCUUGGUCCAUUGAAGCUUGUAUCCAAGCAAAUCUUCUUCCAGCAUACUCACUAUGAAUUCGUAGUCAAGUACAUUAGAGCUCAAGUCAUCAGAGCUGUACAUCAGAUAUUCCUGCCGCCAAGCCAUAUUGUUAGUUAUUGAUACACACAAGCUACUAAUGCUCAGACUUAUGAAGUUUUAGUUGCAUUUACCACAAAAUGA